GUGCACUAGGCUUACCUGCGGGCCUCUCUAAGCCUUGUCCCGGCCAUGCUUCGGACAUCACAUUCUGCUCCGAGCACAAGACAGAUCGUUUGACCAAACUGAGGAAGACCUAACGUGGACUUUGGACAUCUUUUAGGACUCAAAUGUGGGGUGUCAGCAUGAGUCUUCAAACCUCAAAAGUGGUGGCACUUCUGCUGCUGUCAGUGCACCUCCUGCAUGCGUCUGCCCUGCCAGCUGCGUCCUCUUAUGAGUUCAAUGCAUACAGGAUGCAGCAAUACAAUUUACAUCAGGACAAACAUGGUUGCCGUGGAGCUAUUGUGGUGGCAGAAGCAAGAUCAGCUGUGGAUACAAGUCUGACUCGCAGAUGUGUGAUCAUGAAGCUGCCUGAUUUCUCCACAGAGCGCUACCUAGAGGCCAAAAAGCAGAAUGCAGCAGCCCUUUUGAUACUGCUACCCCAAAACAUCUCUUCAGUACCAGAGGAUAUUGUGCAGGGCUUUAUGGUGGCUGAAUCUCAGGUCCUGCAGAAGGAGACCCUCAUGCCUGUAUAUGUGGUCCCAGAGGACGACCAGCUGCUCUGUAUGUAUGAAGAGGUCACUCAGGCUGCAGCAACUAAAUCUGCUUCUGUUCUAGUGAGAGUUCUCCGUAGUAUCAUCACCACUACUGCCUUCCAAAUAUUAGCAAGCAACAACUCCCCCAUCAAGCCUAUUACUGAUACCACCAUCAUUAGUUUAGAGGGAGUACUUCCUGGACUGGGAGAAGACCCACCCACUAUUGUAAUUACGGCCCAUUAUGACUCGUUCGGUCUUGCUCCUUGGCUGGCGUAUGGUGCAGACUCUAAUGGCAGUGGCGUCACCGUUCUUCUCGAGCUGGUUCGACUCUUUCAUCUUCUCUACAGCGACCCACGAAGCCAAGCUCCGUACCAUCUUUUAUUCUCCCUGACUGGUGGUGGUAAAUAUAAUUUCCUGGGCACCAAGCGUUGGCUGGAGGAAAAUAUGGACCAUGCAGAAUCUAGCCUUUUGCAUGAUAAUGUGGCGUUUGUUCUAUGUCUGGACUCUCUUGCCACUGGAGACGAGCUUUUCCUACAUGUUUCACGACCACCUAAGCCUGGAACACCUCAGUACAGCUUUAUUCAGCAGCUGGAGCAGAUCAUCUCUGCCAGGUUCCCCUGGGUUAGAUUUGGAACUGUCCAUAAGAAGAUCAACCUGCAGGAGGCCACCUUGGCUUGGGAUCACGAGCGCUACGGAAUGAAACGUAUCCCAGGAUUCACUCUGUCGCACAUUGAGAACCCUAAAUCAGAGCUAAGAGGAUCAAUACUGGACACCAUGGCACAGGUGGACAUCAGAAAACUCAAGCGGAACACCGUUAUUAUUGCUGAGUCCUUGGCAAGAUUCAUGUACAAUCUUUCAGACAAGGGGUCUGCUAAGGACAUGCAGGUUUUCAAGGGCAGUUUGGAUAUUCAAGACUACCGUUUGUCUGCAUUGAUGACCAUGAUAACGUCUGUUCCACGAGCCGUUCAGCUGAUGGACAGAGAGCCAGAACACACACUCCUGAUCAGCAGCCUGGAGCAAGAGUUCAAACACUAUCUGCGGCAGGUCCAUAGACACACAUUCCACCUGGACCGCAGGGAUCCUGAAAUCACAUUCUUUGAUCAAAUGAAACAACCAAUGAUGAUGUACAGGGUGAAGCCUGCCACCUUUGACCUGUUUUUGGGUGGUUGUAUAGCUGGAUACCUUGGAAUAGUUUAUUAUGCAAUCCAGACCUUUGGCAAUGUCUACACUAAACUGAAAGCAACUGUGAAAGCCAAGCACCAAUAAACUGGAGUAAAGCAGACACAUCAAAGAACCAGUACACAGAGAUGUCUAAAAAAUGGGCAAUGCAAUGCCUGUGAGGACUGAACAUUUUUGGAAUUCACGUCUAGAAUUUAAAGUGACUAUACCUUGUAUUUUAUAAUUCCCUUGCAGUCUCUUUCUGUUUGAUUACCUUUUUUAAAUUAAAGAUCACUUCUCUCUUUUA